UUAAUUACUACCACUAGGCGUUUGAGCUGCUUGCCAAAAUAAUUGAAGAGAGAGAAUCAGAGUUUUGUUGUGAUUUCUUUCUUCUCAAGCUAUUCUUUUUCUUCUUUCUUACAAACUAAGAAACUAAUGGAGGGUAUUCAAUUUCAGAGAGAAAAUCUGCUGUUCCUCGCAAAUUCUGUGAAGCUGUUGUUACAAAACUAUGUUUUUACUGAGUUCGGCGAUAACUCCAGGUAUGACUUUUCAUUUUUGAAGAAAACACUGUUGGAUGUUCAAGAUGUUCUACUUUGUCAUGAUCUGGAGAAACUCAUCCCUAUUCCAGCUGUCAAUCUAUCGCUGGAUUCGCUCAGAUAUGCUGUCUUUCAUCUUGCUACUUUCUUUGACAAAUUUGAAUUUUCAUUGAGCUAUGAUACCCCAAUUAAUAUUAAUCUGCUCAAAAAUCUUGUUCGUUUAAAUCAUGCAAUUGAUGUGAUUAAUUAUAAAACGAAAAGUUUAAUUGAAAUUUCACUGGGCUUGAGUUCAGGAGAACAACUAGCUGAAUUAAGUCUUUCCAAUUCUAAUUUGGAUGAUGAAUCGUCUAUUUAUGGAAGAGACGCUGAUAUUCAGAAACUUAAACACCUUUUGUUGUCUAGUGAUGAUGGUGAUAGUAAAAUAAGAGUGAUUUCUAUUGUUGGUAUGGGAGGGGUUGGUAAAACAGCCCUUGCUAAACACCUUUACAAUCAUCCUCAAGUUAAGGCCAAAUUUGAGUUAAAAGUAUGGGCAGAUUUCUCCGAACAUGUUGAUGAGUUCUCAAAUUAUGGGCAUAUUUUUAAAACCAUUCGUGAAUCUAUUACUUCACAAACAACCAGAAAUGAUACAACUGACGCCACUACCAUUUAUCCAAAAAAAUUGAUAGUACUUGAUGGUGUGUGGAUCCCGAGACUUGUCAAUUUGACAACCUUACUGAUGGAUAACUUUAAUGCUUGGGAAACAGGAAGUAGGAUCAUUGUCACAACACGAGAUGAAAGAAUUGCAAUAUCCAUGCAACCCUUUCUUUUUGUCCACUAUUUGAGACCUUUGGAAAUUGAAGAUUGUUGGUCCUUAUUUUCCAAAUAUGCAUUUGGACCAUGUCACAACCGACAACAAUCCCAUCUAGAAGAAAUCGGUAGGGAAAUUGCUAAAAAGUGUGAUGGAUUACCAUUAGCUGCAGUAACACAUGGGCCUCUUCUUCGCAUCUUAUUGUUCCAAAAGGACUGGAAUUAUGUGCUGAAAAGUAAUGUUCGGGAUGUAGAUAAUGAGGUGCACGCUUCUCUCAAACUGAGCUACAAUUUUCUUUCUAAUCCUUUAAAACAAUGUUUUCAAUAUUGUUCAAUUUUUCCAAAGAAGUCCAUCUUAGAAAAAAAUAUGGUAGUUCAGUUGUGGAUUGCAGCAGGCUUACUUGAAUCAUCGCCCACAGAUCAGGAAAAAGUUGGAGAAGAAUACUUUGAUGAGCUAGUGUCAAAGUCGUUAUUACAUCAGCGAUCUAUUGGUGAUGAUGAGGAAAGAACCUUUGAAAUGCAUAACUUAAUCCAUGAUGUGGCUACAGAGGUUUCAUCUCCAUACUGUAUCAAUAUGGACAAACAUAAUCUACAUGAUGAUAGGGUUCAUACCUUAUCAUACAAUAGAGAGGCAUAUGAUUCAUAUGAUAAAUUUUAUAGAUUAUAUGAAUCAAACGACCUGUUUACUUUUGUAGCAUUACCAUUACAAGAACAAUUGCCUCUUUGUUUGCUAUCAAGUAAGGUACUACAUGACUUGCUUCCAAGGAUGAAAAAAUUACGCGUGUUGUCUCUGUCAAGCUACAGAAGUAUCACCAAGGUUCCCAAGUCUAUUGGAAAUUUGUUAUACAUACGGUACUUAAAUCUUUCUCACACUAAUAUUGAGAGUCUGCCUUCAGAAAUAUGCAAGUUUUACAAUCUGCAAUUCUUGUUGUUGGCGGGCUGUAAAAGGUUCACUGAAUUGCCGGAGGACAUGGGCAAAUUGGUUAAUCUGCGCUACCUUGAUGUAAGUAACACCGCAUUGAGGGAGAUGCCCGUACAAAUAGCAAAACUAAAAAAUCUCCACACUUUGUCUGACUUUGUUGUCAGCAAACAUAAUGAUGGAUUGAAUAUUGCAGAGCUAGGAAAAUUUCUCUACCUACAUGGAAAACUUUCAAUCUCACAGCUACAAAAUGUUAAUGACCCCUUUGAAGUAGAUCGAGCCAAUAUAAAGAUGAAAGAACAAAUAGAUGAGUUAACUUUGGAAUGGGAUUGUGAUGGUACUACUUUAGAUCCACAAGUUCAAAGUGAUGUGCUUGAAAAGUUGCGACCCUCAACAAAUUUGAAAAGUCUCACCAUCAAAGGCUAUGGUGGAAUCAACUUCCCCAAUUGGUUAGGUGAUUCUUUAUUUAGCAACAUGGUGCAUUUAAGGAUCUCGUAUUGUAAUGAUUGUUUAGGGCUUCCAUCCCUUGGGAAAUUGGGUAAUCUGAAAGAACUCAUUAUUGAAGGGAUGCUAUCAGUGGAGACAAUUGGUAUUGAGUUCUAUGGAAGUGGUGAUUCUUCGUUUCAACCAUUUCCCUCUUUGGAGAGUCUACACUUUGAGAAUAUGCAAGAGUGGAAGGAAUGGGACUUGAUUGAAGAUACGGCUACAACGUUUCCUAAUCUAAAAACUUUAUCGCUAAGAAAGUGCCCGAAACUCAUUGCUGGAAACAUAACUGAAAAAUUUCCUUUCUUAACUGAACUUGAGUUAAGAGAAUGUCCUUUACUGGUGCAAUCAAUUCCAUUAUCUGAUCCUGUAUUUAGGCAACUGAUGUUCCCUUUGAAUCUUCUUCAACAACUGACCAUAGACGGCAUUCCAUCUUCAAUGUCUUUUCCAACAAAUGGUCUACCAAAAACCUUGAAAUUUCUGAUAAUCAGUAACUGUGAAAAUCUAGAGUUCCUUCCUCAUGAAUACUUGUCCAAUUACACAUCGCUUGAAGAAUUGAAAAUAUCUUAUAGCUGCAAUUCAAUGACAUCAUUUACCUUGGGUGCUCUCCCUGUCCUCAAGAGUUUGUUUAUUGAGGGUUGUGACAAUCUGAAAUCAAUAUCAAUUGCAGAAGAUGUGUCACUAAAGAGUCUCUCAUUUCUUAGAAGCAUCAAAAUAUGGGAUUGUAAUGAAUUGGAGUCAUUUAACCCAGGUGGAUUGGCCACUCCAAAUCUUCGUUAUAUUGCAAUGUGGAAGUGUGAGAAGCUUCAUUCACUACCAGAAGCAAUGAACAGUCUAGCUGGCCUUCGAGAAAUGGAAAUUGAUAAUCUACCAAACCUUCAAUCUUUAGUCAUAGAUGAGUUGCCUAGUAGUUUACAGAAACUGUCUGUUGGCUCUGUUGGUGGGAUUAUGUGGAAUACUGAGCCAAGUUGGGAACAUCUCACUUGUCUUUCAGUGUUGCGAAUUAACGGUGAUGAUACGGUGAACAUGUUGAUGGGGCCACUGCUACCUACAUCGCUUGAGAAAUUGUGCAUUUGUGGUCUUAAUGAUACAAGCAUUGAUGAGAAGUGGCUUCAACAUCUCACUUUUCUUCAAAACCUUGAGAUUAUUAACGCUCCCAAACUCAAGUCGUUGCCAAAGAAAGGAUUUCCUUCCUCACUUUCAGUACUAAGUGUGACUCGCUGUCCAUUACUAGAAGCAAGUUUGCGAAAAAAGCGGGGGAAAGAGUGGCGUAAGAUUGCUCACAUUCCCUCCAUAGUUAUUAAUGAUGAAUUGAUCACAUGAGUCUUGUUCGGAACUACAUUUUGUGUCACCCCUGCUUCUUCCCUAUCUUGCUGUUGUAAGAAGCCAAAUUCACCUCAAAACCUGCCACACAGUCCAGUAACAGAUGAAAAGGAGAAAACACCACUGACUCCAAAUAUGUUAGAUCCAGCAACAAUAUCUCUUUCUGUCAGGAGCGGAUGGGAAGAAGAAAUAGCAAUGUUUGCUAAAACAAAGAGCAUCACAGGGUUACUAGGAGUCCAGGAUACAGGAUUUCACUGCAGCUACCACAUUCAGAACAUGCAGAAAUUAUCAAACUGUGGCCUAACUCGCUAUGAAGAUUGAAUUGUGUGUUACCAUUGCUGCUAUUUUUUCUUGGAAGUCAGUUAGGCUGAUACGGUUUGUAUUUGCUCAACUGGAGAGGUAGAUUUGUCCAACAGUUAUCUCAACAAAUCGAACUAUGUCAGAAUAACAGACAUAGUCCUCAUAUUUCUAAAGAAUGCAUCUGGUUGUGGUUUUCUCUAUUCUCGCAAAAGUGUGAAUUGGAGGUCUUUGGCACUAGAUGAGUCAUAUGAAGAAAACUAUUGUAUCUUGUUCAUCUUAUGAGGCUGAAUAUCAUACUAUUGUUGUUGCAACUAGAAAACUGUAGUGAUUUUUUUCCUCCUCCAUGAUUUGGGUAAAAAUCAUGUUAGGCAGUCACUUUUGUACUGACAGUCCAAGUACUUUGCAUAUUAUUGUCAAUCUUGUCUUUCAUGAAAAGAUCAAAGCACAUGAACAUUGAUUCUAUAACUUAUUUAUGUUUCAGGUAUUGAAGAAAAAUGUUUUACUUUUUUACUCGAACAAAAUGUGAAAAAUGAUUACAAUAACAAUUAAAACUUUUAUAAAAAAUAUAUUAAAAUAAUGGAAUUAGAGGAUUAGCGAUCCAAAAUAUAAAAAGUGACACUUAAAACAUAGAUCUUCUUAAGAGGACUUGUGUAAAAACUGAAUGAGGUAUAUUUGAUGAAAAGUGCUCUUAGGCAUAUAGUUGCAGGUUUAGUGUAUCAGAAGUUAACAAAAACAACACUAAACCCAUGGUUGCUUCUUUCAAUAAUUCAAUAACCAUUGUGUAUUAGAAUAGAAUUUGAUGCAAGAUAUAGAAACUGUGUGGAGUGAUUUAGAAUUAUAUAACAGCCUUCUAAUAACCUAUUACAAUGUAAAUAUUGUAAA